AUGAGGUUAUGUUUUUCGUGUCUGGGUAGUGGACAUUCGAGUAGAUUUUGCCGUUAUCGAAAGACGUGUCCCGUAGAUGGUUGCCUAAGAAAACAUAACAAAUUAUUACAUGAUGUCAAAAUUAAUGAUGGUGGAAAAAAUGAGCUUUCGUCAGAGUCGCCUGCUCCAAGUGGUUCCACAAAUGAAAAUGAGUCUGUUCUUAGCUGUGUGUCUAAAGCUGCAGAUAAAGGUGUGUUGUUGUUCCGAGUGGUGCCAAUUGUGCUUUAUGGUCCCAGUAACAAAAUUGAAACCUAUGCGUUGUUGGAUGAAGGUUCGUCGGUUACUAUGGUGGACAGCUCCUUGGUGAAGAAACUUGGUCUUCAGGAGCAUCAAAGUCAAUUGAAUUUAAAUUGGUAUGCUGGUAAGGCAUCGCAAGAAACGGCAACAGUGGUUGAUAUGCACGUAAGUGGAAUUGGUAAGCAGAGAAAAUAUGCCUUGCGAAACGUUUAUGGAGUUUCAAAUUUAAAAUUGCCGGCCCAAAGCUUCAAUAUGGAUUUAAGUCGCCAUCCUGGUUUGCCCAUUAAAUUAUAUCAUGAUGUUGUCCACAAAGUUCUGAUUGGAUUAGAUCAUUGUCAUCUGGGACUUCCUGAUGAAAUUGUGUCUCUGGAUGAAAAUGGUCCAUAUGCUGCUAACACCCCAUUAGGAUGGGUCGUAUUUUGGAAAAUGAUGGUUCAGCCGGAGCAAAGACUCUAUGACUUGGUGGCAAAUUAUUUUGAAACGGAGAAUUUUGGUGUGAAGUUAUUGCCGGUCAUAGAAUCAAAGGAUGACUUACGGGCUCGAAAAAUAUUGAAUGAAACUACAGUUAAGAUUGAUGGUAGAUUCCAAACUCGGCUCUUGUGGCGUGCAGAUGAUGUUGUGUUGCCUGAUAGCUACUCCAUGGCUCUAAAUAGACUUGUUGGAAUUGAGCGAAAGAUGAAAAGAAGUCCUGAAUUUGGUGCUGCCUACAAAUCCAUUAUGAAGGACUAUUUGUCCAAGAGAGGUAAAUUGUCGCCUAAUGAAGUUGCUGAUUUGUGCCCCAGGACUUGGUAUCUUCCGCAUUUUGGAGUAAUUAAUCCUAAUAAGCCAGGAAAAAUUCGUUUAGUGUUUGAUGCUGCCGCAACUGUUGAAGGUGUUUCCCUGAAUUCUAAACUGCUAAAAGGCCCGCAGCAAUAUAAGCCUCUGCCAUCCGUUUUAUUUAAUUUUGGAGUUGGUGCUGUAGCAGUGUGUGGAGACAUCAAAGAAAUGUUUCACCAGGUCCUUGUAGCUCCUGAAGAUAAAUGCUCUCAAAGAUUCCUAUGGCGCGACGACAAUAGAGAACCACCUGAUUUUUAUGAAAUGCUCGUUAUGACUUUUGGUGCUGCUUGCUCGCCUUGCGUAGCCCAUUAUGUCAAAGAAACAAAUGCCCUAAGCUAUCGUGAUAAAUAUCCUCGUGCAGUGAAGCCGAUUGUUGAUCAUCAUUAUGUAGAUGAUUUUGUGGAUAGUUUUCCGACGUCAGCAAGGGCCAUUGAGAUUGCCAAACAAGUUCGCGACAUUCAUAAAUCAGCUGGGUUUGAACUACGUAAUUUUUCAUCGAACUCUUCAAAAGUAAUUGUGGCUCUGAAAGGUACAGUGGAAAGUCCGGUGAAUUUUUCCAGCGAUGUCAACCAGCUACAAUCAGAGAAGAUACUUGGUAUGUAUUGGCAACCUAAAGAUGAUACUUUCAGGUUCAAUUUGAAGUUCCACAACGUGAAUGCUGAUGUUAUAGAAGGUAUGAGGUGUCCAACAAAACGCAAGCUUUUAAGUGUGGUUGUGUCUGAUCCACUUGGUUUCCUGAGCUACUACAUGAUAACGGCAAAGUUACUGAUACGUGAAGUUUGGAGACACAAUAUACGAUGGGAUGAUGCAUUGCCCGGAGAAUUAAACGAGAUGUGGAAUAAUUGGCGCCAAGAGCUACAAAAUGUCAUCCAUGUUAAAGUGCCUCGAUUUUAUUUUAGAAAUGGUGUUCCUUCUCGCCUGGAACUACAUGUUUUUGUCGACGCUAUUGAAGAUGCAUUUGGUGCCGUGUCAUACUGGAGGUCUAUAAAUGCUGAUAAUAAAAUUGAAGUGACUUUUGUAGCUGCAAAAACUAGAUGUGCUCCUCUGAAAGCAAUGAGUAUUCCUCGGCUCGAACUUCAGGCUGCUGCUGUCGUUUGA